CAAUCCUCCAGAGCACCAAAUUCUUUUUUAUUCUCUCAACCCUCCCUCUCGUGCAACGCCGUUAAAGGCAAAUUCCAUCCAUCGAAGCUUUUCGAAACCAGUACUGGCACACCUCCCAAAAAAAGCUGGAGGGAUCCCUGCUCGAGCUUGCAUACCCGUUCUAUCGAUUUCCACAAUACCACGCCGUUUCGUGAAAGCUAUGCAUGGAGGAACCCAACGGCUCGGCGUCGUCUCAUGAUGGACGAUGGCUCAACCCUGCUGCACCAUCAGACAAACCGGACGCUGAGGACGGAGGGAUGAAGGAGAGCGACGCUCCGCUCGUCUCUCCGCCGUACUGGCAGACUCGUGCUCGGGGCGAUUCCCUCCUAAGCGAGGUCGACACCAAGCGAUGCUCGGGUCCGAUCCGGUUGCGUGACAAUACAGAGGAAGAGUCCGACUUGUCCAACGCCUGCUGGGCGCGCUCCGCACGCAUCGACGAUUAUGUCAUUGUGUCCGGGUCCGUGUCCAAAGCAGGCCUGGGCUCGUAUGUGGUCUGGAACUGCACAGUGGAGACUUUGAACGGAGGAUCAUUCAAAAUCCGCAGGCGAUACUCGGAAUUUGACAGACUGCGUAACAAUCUGGUCAAGACGUUCCCACACGCGGGAGCCGCGCUACCUGAGAUUCCACCAAAGAGUCUUGUGCAUCGAUUCCAACCAAAGUUUCUGGAAAAGCGGAAGAUUGGACUUGCACACUUUCUGAAUUGCGUUUUGUUAAAUCCUGAAUUCACAGGCUCACCCGUGGUCAAGGAGUUCCUCUUUGGCUGAAUGAUAUGCUCAACUCGUAUCUGGCCAGACUGUUUCCAACGGACCAUGCCUUUUGUCACACUUGCUCGUGACUGGUCUUUUGUUGGAUAGAGUAGAGAUUCAUACGCCAUCGCCUUUGAGCACCAAGCGCCAGUUCAUGCCAACCGGCAUCCUCAAAUUGUAUAGCAAUAGGGUAUCUCACGUAACGCGGGGUUCUGCCCCAAAGCAUAACCAUAAUCGUAAUCAAGCGUCGAUUUCCCCACAGCACAAACUCACGUGGCUCGAGCAGCAUUUCUCCAAUACCUGCUCUCAUAGUUGACGAGCAUGGCGGUAUCAUAGU